AUGGUGGCGAUGCGAGAGUUUAGCCGUAGGAAUCCACCGGUGUUUGAUGGAACCAGUAGCGACCCUUUGGUGGCUGACCAUUGGCUAGCUCAAAUUCGUAAACUCUUUAGAGCUCUCAAUAUCACCGAAGACAACAUCAGAGUAGGUAUUGUGGUCGUUCAGUUAGUUGGGGAAGCCGGUGAAUGGUGGGAAUCUGUCUUAGAGUCUAGGAAGGAUGCGAGGAGAGCGGCAGGGACCGCGGCUCAAGUAAAUGAACCGGAUGUGGAGGAUUUGACGUGGGUAGAGUUUGAGACAAUUUUUGAGGAGCAAUAUUUUCCUGAAACCAGUCGUGAUCAAUUGAGAGAACAAUUUGAGAAGUUAGAGCAAGGAAGUAUGACUGUCUCGGAGUAUGCACAGAAGUUCCAAUCUUUAUCUCGUUUUGCGCCAGAAUUGGUGGCGACGGAAGAGAGGAAAUGUAGGCGCUUUGAGAAAGGGCUACAUAAUACCGUGAGGAGGAUGGUGAUGGUCCAACGUAAGAUGAAGUUCUCAGAAGUUGUGGAGUGUGCAAGGAGUAUUGAAAUUCCGAAGGAAGCGCAACAGAAUAGGGGAGUUUGGGAACCACGACAACCAACCAUGAACACGAGUUCUUCAUCGGGCAGUUUUGGGAGUCAAGGAAGGAAGAGGCAGAGGGAACCAUCUCAGACACCGCAGGGUAAUUCGUCGAACUUUAGGCCGCCUUCUUCUUCUUUGGGGGCUCGGGGUGUGUUCUGUCUAGACCUUCGCCUGUGUGCUAUAAGUCGAGUCAGGUUCCGUGCAGCAGACGGGAACAGGGCACAAUGUGGGCCUCGUGAGCUAGGGUCGGUUUAUUCAUUGUUGGUGAGUUUGACGUUAGAUGAGGAUGCCUCCGUGUGUGGGGAGUUACCCUUAGUGGUUUGCGACUUCCCGGAUGUAUUCCCGGAAGAGUUACCUGGUUUACCUCCCGAGCGAGAGAUUGAGUUCACCAUUGAUCUACUUCCCGGUACCGCUCCUAUUUCCGUACCUCCAUAUCGUUUCGCACCCGCCGAAUUGAGAGAGCUAAAGACUCAGUUACAAGAACUGGAGAACCUAGGAUUCAUUCGUCCAAGUACGUCUCCGUGGGGAGCACCAGCUCUUUUCGCGAAAAAGAAGGAUGGUUCACUUCGUUUGUGUAUCGACUAUCGUAAGCUAAACCGAGUCACCAUUAAGAACAAGUAUCCUAUGCCUAGAAUCGAUGACCUAUUUGAUCAACUCCGAGGUGCCAUUUGCUUUUCCAAAAUCGAUUUGAGAUCCGGUUAUCACCAAUUGAGGGUUCGUAGAGAAGAUAUCCCUAAAACUGCUUUCCGCACUCGCUAUGGUCAUUAUGAAUUCGUUGUGAUGCCAUUCGGUUUGACGAACGCUCCAGCUACUUUCAUGGACUUGAUGAAUCGUAUUUUUCGUGCUUAUCUUGAUCGCUUCGUCGUCGUCUUUGUGGAUGAUAUUUUGAUCUAUUCGCCUACGGAGGAGGAACACCAAGCCCAUCUCACCAUCGUUCUUGAACUCUUGAGAGAGCACCAGCUAUAUGCUAAGCUUAGUAAUUGUGAGUUUUGGUUAUCCGAAGUCAAAUUCUUGGGUCAUGUGGUUUCGAAAGGUGGAGUGUCUGUUGAUCCAGGAAAGAUAGAGUCAGUUUUGAAUUGGCAACGAUCGAAGAACGUGUUUGAAAUCCGUAGUUUCUUGGGUUUGGCUGGAUACUACCGUUGUUUUGUCCUUGACUUUUCUCGUUUAGCGGCACCGAUGACUAGAUUGACACGUAAGGGGACCCGAUUCGUUUGGAGUGACUCGUGUGAGGCAGCCUUUGAGGAGUUAAAGAAACGAUUGACUACUGCACCUAUUUUGAUUGUGCCCGAGCGUGGAAAAUUUUGGGUGGGCAAAAUGACAAUAACACCCUUCAUUUUAACAGAUGGAGUUCACGGCGUUAGGCUUGGGGACUUGAUUGAUACAAAAUUGAUAAGUUGGGGACCAAAUGUCUUCAAUUAUUACAUUGGGGAUGAAAAUGAGAUUAACCCUUCAGAUAUAACAUUUUUGGCACACGAAUCAACAUUUUUGGAUCAACCGUGUGACAUCUCACUUUCCGGUGGCCGGCGGUACUGCAGGAUAGUAGGCUCCGUCGAGACGGGAGGGGACAAGGCAAGUCAUGGUUUAUAA